AUGAAAGCCGCCAGCAUCAAAUUAAACAGUGGCUAUGAGAUGCCUCUGGUAGGCUUCGGCCUUUGGAAGGUCAACAAUGAUACCUGCGCUGAACAAGUGUAUAACGCAAUUAAAGUAGGGUAUCGUUGCUUCGAUGGUGCUUGUGAUUACAACGCAGACUACGGAAAUGAGGUCGAAGCAGGUCAGGGGGUAGCUCGCGCAAUCAAAGAUGGUUUAGUUAAGAGGGAGGAUCUCUUCCUUAUCUCUAAGCUGUGGAACACUUUUCAUGACCCAGAGCACGUCGAACCAAUUUGUAAAAAGCAGUUGGCAGAUUGGGGCAUUGAUUAUUUUGAUCUCUACCUAAUCCAUUUUCCAAUUGCUUUGAAGUAUGUCGAUCCAUCAGUCCGCUAUCCGCCAGGCUUCACAUACGAAGGGAACAAAAUAAUCCUUAGCAACGCAUCUACCCAGCAAACUUGGACCGCAAUGGAGAGCCUUGUGGACCAGAAACUCACCCGGAGCAUUGGAAUCAGUAACUUCAAUGCCCAGCUCAUCAUGGACUUACUCCGAUAUGCGCGUAUACCUCCUGCAACGCUUCAAAUCGAGCACCACCCAUACCUCACUCAACCAGAUUUGGUCAGGUACGCCCAGAAAUCAGGUAUCGCGGUGACUGCAUACUCCUCCUUUGGCCCACAGAGCUUCGUUGAGCUGGAAAUGGAAGCCGCCAAGAGAGCGCCCCUCCUCCUGGAGCAUCCUGAUAUCAAGUCCAUCGCUCAAGAUCACGGAAAGGCUCCUUCACAAGUUUUGCUGCGCUGGGCCACCCAGCGUGGCAUUGCUGUUAUCCCGAAAAGCAACAAUCCCAAUCGCUUGGCUAUGAACUUGGAUGUCCUUGGAUUUGAUUUGACAGAAGACGAGAUCAAGACAAUUAGCGGAUUAAACCAAGGACUUAGAUUCAAUAAUCCUCCACGCGUAAGUUUUGAUCUCCUUGAAUCUUCCUCGCACCAAAGAGUGAUCUAG